AUGAACAGUAGUGUUAAAAACGUUGACAGUACGAAACAACAUCAACAAGAUUAUAAUACCAAAUUUCAUCAUAGAAAAACGAAACAAUCAAGAAUGAAACGCCAACUUAAAUUGGAAACAUUGACUAGUAGUAGUGAGAGGGACACUAACGAAAAUAGUAUGUUUAGUUUAAAAUCGACAAAUUGUUCUACGACAAAAAAUAUAUCACAUAAAACAUCGACUAUUCAAUGGUUAUUCGAUUGGACGAAAUAUAAUUCUCGAUCAAUCGAAGACAUUCAAAUUAUUUAUCAUUUGACAUUGGAGGAAGAAGACGAUUAUGAAUCUCAAAAUCAUACACAAACCAUUCCAUUAAGAACUCUAUUUCGAACACAAUCCUCGUCUGUUUUAUUAAACACCAGUAUUAUAUUAAAAUGGGAUUUUGUUCGAAAAUUUUAUUUUGCUAAUCUAUCGAAUAUAUUCAAAAAUGUUGAAUUUAAAUUUAUUGCAAAUGAAUCGAUAUAUUUUGAGACGAUUCUUAUAUCAAAUGAAAUGAGAACAUGUGAAAAUGUUUAUACAUAUUUAAUUGUUACUCCAAUUUUAUCAACAAAUUAUAAUAUACAAUCAAGUUCAACAACAUAUCCAUCGACAACACAAUUUUCUCUUUUUCAAAUAACUCGAAUUCAACGUAUACCAUCAGAGUCACUGUGUAAAUUACGAAAAAUUCAAAUUAAUUUCGAAGAUAUCAAUCUUGCACAUAUAAUUAUAUAUCCAAAAGAGUAUACAUUCUACUAUUGUUAUGGUUCGUGUGCAUUUCCUGGUUUACAACAUUCAUUGCAUGGUUUUAUUCAAUCAUUGGCUAGUAAUAAAAAUAGUAAUAUUCCAAUGCCAAAUUGUGCACCAUCACUAUUUGACUCUGAUACAUUCAUGUUAAGAGAUAUUGAUAAUAGUGUCGAUUUACGAACAGUUAAUAAUAUUGUUGUUAAAGAGUGUGCGUGUUUGUAG